GCAAAGCAGCUCUCAUGCUGCAAAUGGCCGCAUGAAUCGUCCUGGAACGGCACGAGCAUGCGUUUUGCUAUCAUCUCUCUCGUGGCAACGGCAGCGCUUCAUUUGCCGCCACAAAGACAGCAGCGGCGCUCGUCACACAGCUCCAAACAGCUCGAUGAUGUAGACGCCGACUUCCGGCGACUGCUGGCUACCGGGCUGACACCAACCGACGCGUUCACACCCGUAGACGUGGUCGCUCUUACGCUCCGCGCGUUGCGAAGCGGCGACGAGCGAUUCCUGCACCGCUUCAGUACACCCGACUUCGCGCCGGCCGGCGUGCAGCGGCGCGGGUCGACCUUCGAAGGCCUCGGCAACGGCCAGUACGCUUUACUCCGCGAAGAGUACACCGCCGACCUCGACGACGACGUUCUUGUGCUGGACGACGAGGCCUUCUUACGCGUGCGCCUCGAAGACGCGUCCGACGCCCAUGUCACUCUCGGGUGGGAACUCAGAUUACAACGGGGCUGCUGGCUCACGAGUCGGUGGCACUGGCACGACUUCCGACCAGAAUUUCACCCCGGCAUCGGCGAGGAGGAGUGGACACGGAUAUGCGGCUGACGGCUUCAUGACGCCACCGGCAGAAGACGCGAAAGGCUAGGCAUUGUAUGUAUGUGACUAAUUACCCAAAAG